UUCCAAAUACACAUCAAACACAAACGCAAAUAACACUUCUUCUCUUUUCUCUCUCUCAUUUUCUUCCUCUUCCUGCAACAAACAAUCAUGUCUUUAUUCUCCAUUUCAUUACUCCUUAUUAUUGUCAUGAAUGUCUGCCUUGAAGGCGCUUAUGCCGCCUACGGUGGUUGGACUACGGCUCACGCCACCUUUUAUGGUGGAAGUGACGCUACUGGCACAAUGGGGGGAGCGUGUGGGUAUGGAAACUUGUACAGCCAAGGAUACGGGACAAGCACUGCUGCGCUAAGCACAGCGUUAUUCAACAAUGGAUUGAGCUGUGGAGCUUGCUAUGAGCUUAAAUGUAAUGAUGACCCAAGAUGGUGUCGUGCUGGGAGUAUAUUAGUCACUGCUACCAAUUUCUGCCCUCCUAACCCUUCUUUGCCUAAUAACAAUGGUGGAUGGUGUAACCCUCCUCUUCAACACUUUGAUUUGGCCGAGCCUUCUUUCUUGAAGAUUGCCCAAUACCGCGCUGGAAUUGUCCCCGUCUCCUUUAGAAGGGUACCUUGUUUAAGAAAAGGAGGAAUAAGGUUCACAAUCAACGGACACUCUUACUUCAACUUGGUCCUCAUCACAAACGUUGCUGGUGCCGGCGACGUCCACUCUGUGUCUGUCAAAGGUUCAAAGACCGGGUGGCAAUCCAUGUCAAGGAAUUGGGGCCAAAAUUGGCAAAGCAACUCUUAUCUCAAUGGCCAAACUCUAUCUUUUCGAGUUACCGCUAGUGAUGGAAGGAGUGUUACAAGCAACAACAUUGUUCCUGCUCAUUGGCAAUUUGGCCAAACUUUUCAAGGUGCUCAAUUUUAAUUAACCAAGCUUAGUUUUACCAUAAGUAAAAGUAACGAUUUAUUAUUUUAAAGAGUGUAUAAUUAAAAAGAAGAAGAAGAAGAAGAAGAAGAAGAAGAAAAGGAUUGUGUCAACAUCGAACUCCUGUCAUAUUAGAAGGCAGGAGAGAGAAUUAGAUAAAGAAAGACGGUAGGCCAAUUUGUGGCUUGGAGUUGCUGUGGUGCCUAAUAUUUGGCACCCGCUAAAGCCCGGCCUUUAUUUCUAGCUUUUUUUUUAUAUAAGUAAUUAGUUAUAUUAAUUAGAUAUAUGCAAUAUGAUAUAAUGAUAUUCAAUUAGCUAUAUUAUAAAGCUCUUUGGAUGUCGUAUAUUCAUGUCAAAUAUUGUAAUAAUAUAAUUUGGUCAGCCGAUUAUUAUGAGAAUGAUUUAUGAGUUUGCUAUUA